GUUGCUUCUCCCCCACUCUCGCCUGACGGUGCGCAUUGCGACACCAUGCCGGCGCUCUUGGAGAAGAUCGCCACCCUGGAGCUUGAGAUCGCCAGGACGCAGAAGAACAAAGCCACCGCGAAGCACUUGGGUGACCUUAAGGCUAAGCUUUGCGCAGCGCGGCGGGAGCUGAUCAGCCCCGAGAAAUCCGGCGGCAGCGGCAAAGUCAAGGGUUUCGAGGUCCAAAGAUUCGGAGACUCGCGUGUGGCGUUGAUCGGAUUCCCUUCGGUGGGCAAGUCUUCGUUGCUCACGGCACUUACGGGUGUGGCCUCAGAGGCGGCGGCCUACGAGUUCACCACGCUGACCUGCAUCCCAGGGGUCAUCAACUACAAUGACUGCAAGAUUCAGCUCCUGGACCUGCCCGGGAUCAUUUCGGGGGCUGCGCAGGGCAAAGGCAGGGUGGCGGAUGGGCGGAUCGCUUGA